UCCAUAAAAGAAGCAUAAAAGUACUUAAUGUCUUAAAUUGCAACCAGUUAAUGUUGCUCUAAAUUGUUUAUUUAUUUGCUGUGUCGUCCUGCUUUUGUCCUGAGUCCGUAUGCUUUGUUUACCAUGAUGACCUGGAAGAUGAAAAUUAACUACCCUGACGUGGACUGCCAGCUGGCAUUUCAGCUGAAACCCGAGCCCAACUACCAAGCACAGCAUUCUUUUCGGCCGAAGGCACCCUCUUCUCUCGAGUCCACCACUCUCUGUCUGAGACGAUAUCACCACCAAGCGUAAGAGAUGCUGCGCAAGGAGAAGACUCCCGGCCCGGGAGCCUACAAUCUCAGCGUCCGCCCCGUGACACCCACGCCACCGGCCUUCACCAUCGCUCCCAAGCCCCACACCGGACUGCCCAACUUGGAGAGCCCGGGACCUGGAGCAUACUACCCAGACACUGGCCGAUCCAGUCCAUCCUACUCCAUCCAUGCCAAAAUCUCCACUGUCGACCGGGAGAAGAUCGCUGUGCCCGGCCCUGGAACUUACAACAUGGAGCACCUGGUUACUCAUCCCAAUGAGCCCGCCUACACUAUGAGCUCGCGGAAGAUAAAUUUCCCCCGUGGAAUCAGCCCCGGCCCCGGACAGUAUAGUCUUCCAGGCAGCAUGACUGGCCCCUCGUACACCAUUUCCGGCAAGAGGCAUCCUCACGGCUGGGCGGAUAACCCUGGGCCUGGAGCUUACAGUCCCGAUAACCGGCCGAAAAGUCCCUGCUAUACCAUGGGUUAUCGGACUGGAAAGGCCGUCUUGAACAAGAAUCCUGGACCUGGAGCAUACAGACCCACCGAAGGAAUUCAAGGACCAGCGUAUACCAUGGCUUACCGGAAGGCAGACAAAGUCGAGAGAAGCCCCGGCCCUGGACAGUAUCAAGUUGAGUCCGGCUUGUCUCAAGCUCUUCACAGGCAGCCGGCAUAUACAAUGCUCGGGCGAGCGAGUUCCAGGACGAGGAACCUUAAUCCCGGGCCCGGGCACUACAACGCGGAGCAGCGCUCCAACAGUCCUUCAUACACCAUUGGAGGUAAGAGAAGAGGAGGAAAUGGAAAGCCAACACCCGGACCUGGAAGUUACGAGCAUACUCGGCCUCGGACGACGCCAGCGUACACCAUGGGAUACAGACCUCUGAAAGCUCCUCGUUUUGUUGGACCCGGUCCCGGGUCUUACUCGCCGAGACUUUCGGGAGGCCCGGCCUUCAGCAUCCUGCACAGAAAAGGUGGUGGUCCAAAGAACGGGACCCCAGGACCUGGAGAAUACGGUCAAAACAAAGCGACGGCUAGAAACGCACCUUCUUUUUCGAUUGGAAGGAAGCUCGACAGAGACUACGACCGAAGGAACAACGGGCCCGGACCGGGACACUACAGAGUCCGUCACCAGGAUGGCGGUCCAAAGUUCAGUAUGCACAGUGGAACGCAGAGAUUCAACUAUUACUGA